AAGGUUGCAAAAACGCGUAAGGAAUAUGACCGUUUGUCUGCUGGGCUUUUGGACGCGCUUUGUCUGGGAUCGAUGGGAGGGCUGCGCGUGGCACUUUUGUCUUUCUCUUUCCAACCCGUUCGACCUUGGCCGACUCGACCCAACCCUCAGAUGGCAUCCGCAGCCGCCGGCUUCAUCAUCCGCAGCGGCACCAACCUCUUCGAUCCGUCCACCAACACCACCCUCCGCUUCGUCUCCUUCAACACCCCAACGCUCUCCCUUCAAGAUGACCCAUCCUUCGUCGUCCCAACCCCCUUCGAGCAGGACGAUCUCCUCUCCUCCAUCCAACAAAUGGGAAGCCGCGUCGUCCGCAUGUACGCAUUGAGCGUGCAAAUGCCUUCGGAAACGGCGACCGCCACCAAACAUAUUGUGAAAUCAGCAACCGAUGGGAAAAUCGGGUUGCAGGAGGUUGUGAUGAGAGGACUGGACAGCGCUUUGGCAUUGGCGAGACAGAGGAAUGUCAAGGUGAUCAUACCCUUAAUAGAUCGUUGGGAGUGGUGGGGCGGCAUCAGCAGCUUCGUUCAGCUUGUGGAUGCAUCGCUGCCUACAUCGGCUUUCUUCACAAAUACCGCCGUGAUAUCUUCCUUCAAAAGCAUCAUCGUGCAACUGCUGACACGAAACAACACCGUCAAUGGAAUCCCUUACCGCAAUGAUAGCACGGUCAUGUUGUGGGAGACGGGCAACGAGCUCGAACUCGAUGACGGAAAGACGCCGGCGGCUUGGACGAGAGACAUCGCCGCGUAUAUCCGGUCGUUUGACUCACAGCACUUGAUAAUGGACGGGUCCUUCAAGCACGGGUGGGACGCGGAGGUGCUCGCGGAUCCAAAUAUAGAUGUCUUUUCGAACCAUUUCUAUCGGAAUUUCGUGCCGACGACAGGUGAAUGGGCGCUGUGGGCCGUGCUGACUGCGAUUCUGAUUAUCGCGAUGGUCAUGCUUUGCAUGCUGGUGUGGUCUCCACGGAAAAUUAAGGUCGUGAGAGAGGCGAAGGGGACGGAUGUGAAGCGUUCGACGAGGUUAAAGCAGCUCCUUUUGGCGAUAGUGGCGUUGGGGGCCAUGGCAGGUGCCGGCGCUGGGAUAGCUGUUCAGGUGCUUCAUCGGGUAGAGAACCCGCGAUACGGGGAUUCUAGCGCUUCCGAUGCGGUGACUGUCGCAUCAUACAACAAAGCGUACAUCGUCGGAGAGUUCGGUUUCAGUGCCGUCGCUUCGAUCCAGGAUGUCAUCGGCAACGUGGUGCGCAAACAAGAAGCGCUGGCAGGCGCCCUCGUGUGGAGUCUGAGGGGCCAUAGCAGCGCUGGUGGAAUGUACACGCACAAAGAAGCGCACGAUUACCAAUCGUACCAUUUCCCAGGCUUCCCAGCCGCCCCGGGAUUCGGACCCGACGAGCAGGAAGUCAUCAACGCCGUCAAGACCGGCGCACAACAAAUCGCCGCUCAAACCGGUUUCUCCAUCCCAGCGGCCACGCUUCCCGUACCGCCAACAUUGCUCAACGCAACCUCGCCAGCGCUCACAUGGCGCGGGUCAGCAGGCGCGUCCAGUUACAGCGUCGAACGCGCGGAUGCCGCUGCUGCGACGCCGACGUGGACGGUUGUGGGCUCGCAGGUGAUGGACAAUGUGCCGCAGAAUAAGACGUUGUUUACGGAUAGCAGUAGCGUUAGGGGAGUGCCGUAUUUGUAUAGGGUUAGAGCGAACAAUGCGCUUGGGACGGGGAACGCUAGCAAUGCGGUUACGAUUACUGGAUAAGGCCAGCUGCUUUGAAUCUCAACAAGAUCGUCAGCAUAGCAAACAUUCAACUGCGACUGAGAGGAAUCUCGGGCUUUCAAAUCGCUUUGCAUACUAAGGACUAACUGAACCAGAAGACGUCU